GAGCUACACAACCCACAACUCUCUGUGUAUGUGUGUGUGAGAGAGAGAGAGAGAGAUUGGGGGCACCAAUGGAUGAUGUGACACUAUAAAUGGCAGGCAGGAAGGCAGGUUUACCAGAGAAGAUAUUAUAAACAGAACAAAAAGCAGAGGAAACAGAACACUCUGUUCUUCAUCUCGCUUUCAACCUCUGUGGUUUAGAGAUCUGAACAGAGCACCAACAAAACAAUUGAGAGAGAAUGAAGAAUUCAGAAUCAGAUCAAGCUUUUUUCAUUGAGAGUGAUGAAGAUGAUGACAAAGAUUCCAUUAGAGGAGAAGAUGAUGGGAAUGAAUCAGAAUUUUCAAAUUAUUCAGAUGAUAAUCCACAUCACCAGAGCAAGCCCAGUUCCUUAAACCCAUCCUGGCCUCAAAGUUACAGGCAAUCAAUUGAUUUGUACAGUAGUGUACCAUCACCAAGCCUGAACUUUUUGGGGACUCCUACGUUGUCGCGAUUGGGCAGUUCAUUCCUUUCGUCAUCACUGACAAGAAGGCAUACUCCUGAGAUACUUCCAAGUUUGAGCAAACCUUUUUUGCCACCAGCAACAGACAACCAGCAGCCGCAGGAACGGCGUAGUUCUCAUUCGCUUCUUCCUCCUCGUGGAUCGUCUGCGAAAAAGUUGCCGCCUUAUCAGAAGUCUUCUAAGGUUUCACAUGAACUUCCUCUGGCUAGGCAGAGUUCAUAUGGUCAAUCUGUGGUUAAUGGCAUAAAUGUUCUUUGUGGGGUAGGAAUUCUUUCAACUCCUUAUGCAGUCAAAGAAGGAGGAUGGGUUGGAUUGUUGUUAUUGUUUCUCUUUGGUGUCCUCUCGUUCUACACUGGUAUCCUCCUUCGAUACUGUUUAGAUAGUCAGCCAGGACUCGAGACUUAUCCAGAUAUCGGCCAGGCUGCCUUUGGAACCACAGGACGUUUAAUUAUUUCCAUAAUUUUGUAUGUGGAGUUAUAUGCGUGUUGCGUGGAAUAUAUAAUCUUGGAGAGUGAUAAUCUAUCAUCUUUGUUUCCAAAUGCGCAUUUAAAUCUGGGAGGGCUUAUACUUAAUGCACAUUAUUUAUUUGCUAUUAUGAUGGCUCUCGCCGUGCUUCCUACAGUCUGGCUCCGUGACAUGAGUGUUCUUAGUUACAUCUCUGCCGGGGGAGUUGUUGCUUCCGUUCUAGCAGCCGGUUGCUUGUUUUGGGUUGGCUUGGUGGAUAAUGUUGGUUUUCAAAUCGAAACCACAAAGGCGUUGAAUCUCUCUAGCUUCCCUGUCGCUAUAGGGCUUUACGGCUACUGUUAUUCAGGACAUGCAGUCUUUCCUAAUAUCUAUACAUCAAUGGCAAAAAGGAGUCAAUAUCCUAUGGUCCUGUUAACCAGCUUCUGUAUAUGUGGCGUUCUGUAUGCUGGAGUCGCUGUAAUGGGAUACAUGAUGUUUGGGGAAUCAACCGCAUCACAGUUUACUCUUAACCUGCCAACGAACUUGGUCGCCUCCAAACUUGCUGUGUGGACUACGGUAGUCAAUCCAUUUACCAAGUAUGCUUUGACAAUAUCUCCGGUCGCAAUGAGUCUUGAGGAGUUAAUACCAUCAAACCAUAUGAAGUCUCAUAUCUAUUCCAUCCUCAUUAGAACGGGUUUAGUGUUAUCAACUUUGCUUGUAGCCCUUUGCAUCCCCUUCUUUGGUCUUGUGAUGUCACUCAUUGGAUCUUUAAUGACCAUGCUAGUGACGUUGAUACUUCCAUGUCUAUGCUUUUUGAGCAUCCGAAAGGGAAAGAUAACUCUCUUUCAGGUAUCGCUAUGUGUAUUGAUCAUCGCGGUUGGAAGUGUCUCCUUAGGUAUUGGAACCUAUACAUCGCUGGCGGCAAUCAUUCAACAGUUGUCAUGAUCAUGUUUUGAUACUUGUAUUAUUUUGCAUGGCUUUUGAUUAAUGUUGGUGUGGGCAUAAAAAUAGAUUAGACAUUUUUUAUAUAUUUUGGAAUUAGUUGUUGUUUUCAUGGAAUUUUGUCUCUCCUCUCUCAUGGAAUCAGCAUGAAGAGGUGUUGUUCCUUUUAGUGUGUACUCUUUCAAUGAAUCAAUCCAUCUGAAUUUUGUGUUCUAA